CAAACUAGCUCUUCCUUACACAUAGGGAGGCUUAUAGGGGGACAUCCGAUGAAUGAGACUCGAGUUCCCACAACGAGUGCCGGGAGAUCAACAUUAUUCAAAGCAGCUGGACGAGAACUCUGAAGAGAAGGGGUUGCAAGAGGCAAGCUACUUUGUGUUGUACUUUAUUCAGAGUUAAGGAUACUUUCCCUCGGUAUUCAGAAACCAACAAAGAAAGCUGGUUUUGGGACACUUAGUCACCUUUUUCGAUAAAGGGCGGCAUCAUUUACGUUAGUCUUCUGUCUAAUUACAGUGAGCUAAAGGACAGACAUAGGACAUGAACACAGGCAGACUGGACGGGAAUGGAGAAUAUACGGUUAAGGGAAUGCGACAGCUCAUGCUAUGCAGAGUGGAUCUGCCUUCAGAAGCUCAGGAAGUUUUGGAUGGCUGUUCCGUCAGUCAUUAUAACGUUUUUUUUUUCUAAAUGCCCUCCCGACACAGCAGACACAGAUUCGGAUACACUGAUGAACCAGGCCCAGACGUCCACUGGAAAUAAGAACGCAUCAGUUCAGUGCAAGUGAUAUUUGGUGCACCACCUUGCGAUGCCUGAAGACUCCAACAAAGAAACAAUGAGAGUGCCCUCCGCCCCAGAAAGAGUGCAUAUGGAAAAGACCAACAACAAUGAUUGUGUGGUGACGGCCAUCCCCCUGAUCAAUGAGGUCCAGCUGGCCGCUGCUACGGGAGGCACAGAACUCUCCUGCUACCGCUGUGUAGUGCCAUUCGGUGUGGUCAUCCUAAUCGCCGGGACUGUGGUCACUGCUGUAGCUUACAGUUUCAAUUCGCAUGGGUCCACCAUCUCAGUACUGGGGCUAGUGCUCCUCUCCACCGGACUGCUGCUCCUGGGUUCCAGCAUUGCCUGCUGGAAGGUAAGGCUAGAGAAGAAGAAGGAUCGCCGGAGGGAGAGUCAGACCGCAUUGAUGGCCAGUCAGAGGAACAGCUUUGCCUGAGUUAAAGUGAGCUAAAGUUGAAUGAAAAUGUUGGCAGUAACAGGACUGUGUUAGGGAGAAGGCUCAGUCUGCGAUUCUUUUUGAGGAAGAUAUGCAUACUGCGUCCAGAUGUUUCGUUGCUGACUGCCGUUGCUACAACACAGCAGUGACCAGAGCGGCCUCACACCAGCAGCAAUAACUGACCCUGGAAUUUCGCAGACUAUCAAGUGUUGAAACCCACAUUUGAAGAUGUUGCUUUUUUCCACUGAAAUAGAUUGGCUGCACCUGGGUAACUUGGAAGAUAGCCAACUCGAAUGUAUCAGUGUUAAGAUUAAUAGCUACUAACUGGAAAAUGGGAAGUAUCCCAUUAAUUUAUUGCUGUAUUUUCUAUGAUUCAACCGACGAAAUGAAUAUUAAGUUAACAGAAGGGAAGAAAAAAAGCAUGACGAGAACAGUGAAACAUUCUUUGUUGCCAUUGUUUAGUGUACACCUCUCUGAUAAUGAGACUGCUCUCUCAAUUUCACAGUGACUUAAUUAUUCAUUUAAUUAUGGAAAUAAGGUACUUAAAAUUUUAGUUAUUAUAUAUAGUAAUUGCAUAAUCUUACUGUUAUUGCAUAUUAUGAAAUUGCAGAUUCAAAAUGAUAUAUUUUUUUCUAUAUUAUGAUAAGCAAAAUGAAUCACUUCAGGCAAGUUAAAUAUAUUUAUAUUUGCUUCAUUAGAGCAAAACAGUCAUGUUGAUCAGAAACAAUGGAAUACUGUAAGCUAUAUGUAAUAUAUAUAUAUAUAUAUAUAUAUAUAUAUAUAUAUAUAUAUAUAUAUAUUGAGAAAAUAAUAACACAAUUUGCAUAAACAUACAAGGUGUGAAUCUAUGCACUUUUGAUACAUACAGGUAUGUUAGACGUCUCCAGUGUAAAUAUGACAGGAUUUGUAUUUUUUAUUGUUGGCACCUUAUCACAGCAUUGCCAGGACCUCUUAUUCUCUAGAGUAAGUGAGUUACACAUUGAGAUAAUUCUGUGCAUGAGUAUUCUGGAGUAAAUUAAUGUUCUGGAUAUGUUUUAUAUUUAUAACAUUGUCAUAAUUUAGACUUACUAUAUAUCAUUUAUAUAGAGUGUUGACAGGCCAUUAUGGUUUCAAAUAAACUAAAUUUAAAUAAAAA